GGGGGCGGAGUGACAGAGGACUCCAAGCCACGUUCCUCGGGGCGCGAGCCUUGCAGGGUGUCUGGGAGGAAGCCUCCGCGUGUCAGGCCAGGACCGGGGGUCAGAAGAGAUUCGCCUGUGGCUCUCCUUGCAAAGGAUUUGAUAAAGCCUUGGAGCCUGUAGGCAUUGUGCUUCUCUUUCAAGAUGCCGCUUUCAGACUUUGUUCUGGCCCUUAAGGACAAUCCCUAUUUUGGGGCUGGAUUUGGGCUAGUUGGUGUGGGCACAGCUCUUGCUCUGGCCCGGAAGGGAGCCCAGCUGGGCCUACUGGCAUUCCGGCGACAUUACAUGAUCACACUGGAAGUUCCUGCUAGAGACAGAAGCUAUGCCUGGUUGCUUAGCUGGCUCACUCGCCAUAGUGCCCGUACUCAGCACCUCAGUGUUGAGACGUCAUACCUUCAGCAUGAGAGUGGCCGUAUUUCUACCAAGUUUGAAUUUAUCCCCAGCCCUGGAAACCACUUCAUCUGGUAUCAGGGGAAAUGGAUCCGGGUAGAACGAAGUCGAGACAUGCAGAUGGUAGACUUGCAGACGGGGACUCCUUGGGAAUCUGUCACCUUCACAGCCCUGGGCACUGACCGCAAGGUUUUCUUCAACAUCUUAGAAGAAGCUCGACAGCUAGCCUUACAGCAGGAGGAAGGGAAGACAGUGAUGUAUACAGCUGUGGGCUCUGAAUGGCGUACCUUCGGCUAUCCACGUCGGCGGCGACCACUGAGUUCUGUAGUUCUGCAGCAGGGUUUGACUGAUCGAAUUGUCAGAGAUGUCCGGGAAUUCAUUGAUAACCCCAAGUGGUACAUUGAUAGAGGCAUUCCCUACAGACGUGGCUACCUCCUUUAUGGACCCCCUGGCUGUGGAAAGAGCAGUUUUAUCACAGCCCUUGCAGGGGAACUGGAACACAGCAUCUGUCUGCUGAGCCUCACAGACUCCAGCCUUUCAGAUGACCGGCUCAACCACCUGCUGAGUAUAGCCCCACAGCAGAGCCUGGUGCUCCUGGAGGAUGUGGACGCUGCUUUUCUCAGUAGAGACUUGGCUGUGGAGAACCCUGUAAAGUACCAAGGUCUAGGGCGCCUUACCUUCAGUGGACUGCUCAACGCCUUGGAUGGUGUGGCUUCCACUGAGGCACGCAUUGUGUUUAUGACCACCAACCACAUUGACAGGCUGGACCCUGCCCUGAUUCGCCCUGGACGAGUAGAUCUGAAGGAGUAUGUGGGCUACUGCUCACACUGGCAGCUGACCCAGAUGUUCCAGAGGUUCUACCCAGGGCAAGCACCUUCUUUGGCUGAGACUUUUGCCGAACAUGUCCUUCAAGCUACAACUCAGAUCAGUCCUGCCCAGGUACAGGGCUACUUUAUGCUGUAUAAAAAUGAUCCUGUGGGGGCCAUUCACAAUGUUGAAUCUCUAAGGUGACCCACCAAGCCACUCUGCUCACCGCGAGGAAAUCCAUAAACACCUGCCACACUA